AUGGAGUCAGGAGGCAUCUUCCUCCCCCUGGGGCUCCUGGCCGUCUGGGCCGCGUUGCCGCCUGCAUCAGGGCAGGAGAAAGGAGUGAACCCAGGCUACUGCCCGGAGCCCGACACCGGGGUGGCAGAGCCCUGCCUGGUGAGCUGCCGGAAUGACUCUGCGUGUGCCGGCGGGGCCAAAUGCUGUGCCGAGGGCUGCCGUGUUCGCUGCACGAGCGCCCAGCCAGCCAAGCCUGGCGUCUGCUCAAAGAGACGCGUGUCGCAGGAUUUCAUUCCUUGCACAAACCAGUGCGACGACGACAGGCACUGCCCCGAGGGCCAGAAAUGCUGCUUUGCUGGCUGCGGCCUGGCCUGCAUGAGCCCCUACGCAGAGAAGGCCGGGUAUUGCCCGGUCCUCAUGCCCGCAGGCCUGAACCUCAGUAAGAGCUGCCGCCCCUGCCUGGCGAACAGAUCCUGCUCCACCUGCUUUCGGGACGCGGAUUGCCCAGGCCCGGAGAAGUGCUGCCCAGGCCGGUGCGGAACCCGCUGCUGGGAGCCCGUCUCUGACUUCUGCCAGCUCAGCCCCGACAUUGGGCCUUGCAAAGCCUGGGUCCCGCGGCUCUUCUACAACUCCAGCUCCCAGCACUGUGAGCUGUUUAUCUACGGCGGCUGCCAGGGGAACCCGAACAACUUUGCUGAGGAAGAGGAGUGUCUGCAGGCCUGCGGGCCCCCUGGUGAGAACAUUUGCAAACUCCCCCCUGAAGCGGGCCCCUGCGACGCCGCGUUGCCCCGGUUCUUCUACAAUGCCGAGGCCGGGCAGUGUGACGGGUUCACGUACGGCGGCUGCCAGGGCAACAGGAACAACUUUGAGACGGAGGCCGCGUGUCUCCAGGCCUGCGCAGGCCACGAGAUAGCCCCCGACAGCACCAUGAAGUCAGGUACCAUCUUCCUCCUCCUGGGGCUCCUCACCCUGGGGAACGCCGAGAAACGCGCCACAGCUAAGGACGGUGAGUGUCCGGCCGAAAUGAAGGGGCCCGCACGCCCCCCUCAGGCCUACUGUCUCUCGGACGAGUCCUGCCCAGGGAGCGAGAAGUGCUGCAGCGAAGGCAACAGGAGAGUCUGCGUCCUCCCAGAUUCAGCCUCCCCUGGGGUUUGUCCCAAGAGGAAAGUGCUGCAACCAUUUGCUCCUUGCCAGGACAAGUGUGAUACCGACAGGAGCUGCCCUGCGGAACAGAAAUGCUGCUUCACUGGCUGUGGCCUUGACUGUGUCCUCCCACAAGCAGGUGCCCUCAGCACCACCCUGCCGCCUGCCCAGUCCGGAGAGGGCUGGGACUGGACCAAACAGACUCCAGAGGGAGGCAGUGUUCCAGGGAAGCCUGGGAUGCCAAGGAAACGUGGCACCUGCCCACCCAACCUCAUCAAGUGUCUCUACACGGAGCCCCCUCUGUGCCUCAACGACAGCGAAUGCCAGGGGCGGCAGAAGUGCUGCUACAACAUGUGUCGGUUCCGCUGCGUGGACCCGGAGGAAGAGAAACCCGGCAUCUGCCCAGCUGAGGCCCCAGAGGGCGGCUUUGAUCCCUGCUUUUUCCGCUGCUCCGAGGACAAGGACUGCCUGGGAAGCGAGAAAUGCUGCCUCCUGAGCUGUGGUGCUGGCUGCCUGGAGCCCGUGCAGGAUAUCUGCCAGCUGCCAGCCCAAGUGGGUCUCUGCGACGUCUACUCCUUCCGGUACUUCUACAACGCCACCGCCCAGAGGUGCGAGCAGUUCUUGUACCGCGGCUGCAGGGGAAACGCCAACAACUUUAGGACAAAAGCCGAGUGUGUCCAGGCCUGCGCAGGCCAUGAGAAGCCCGGCGAGUGCCCAGCCGUCGCGCAGGGACAGGCCGGUGCCUGUGACGAGAAAUGCAGCCGCGACGACGACUGCCCGGGUUCCCAAAAGUGCUGUGGGAACGGCUGCGGCUCCGAGUGCACCUCAGUGACCCCAGAAGGGGGGAGCGUGAGGCCUGGAGUCUGCCCGGUGUUACCAGGAGGAGCCGUCGGUGCCUGUGAUGAGAGAUGCCGUUCCGACAGCGACUGCCCGGGCGCCCAGAAGUGCUGUAGCAACGGCUGUGGCCUGGCCUGCAUGGCGGUGAACCUUCUCGUGAAACCUGGCGUGUGCCCAGCCAGAGCCCCAGGGGCCAGCGAGGAGCCCUGUCUAUCCCCCUGCGCCCAGGACAGCGAUUGCAGAGGAGCCGCCAAGUGCUGCCCCCUCGGCUGUGGCCGCACCUGCCUCGCCCCUCAGAAAGAGAAACCGGGGCUUUGCCCAGCAUUUAAAAUCAGAGACGAGGGGCCUCCCCUGAUGCUGUGCCAGCAGGACAGCGACUGCCACAAGAGAGACAAGUGCUGCAGGAUGGGAUCCAGCUACGUCUGUGCAUCGCCCUCCCCCAUGGCAGGGGCUGGGAUCCUCUGGAGCCCGGGACCUUUAUGUGUGGGGGGGCGAGGGCACCAGGAGGCGGAGCAGUGA